GAGUGACUUGAACUCACUGUGAGUCAGACAGCUCUGGCCUUCAGAGUCAGACAACAAGCAGAAGCGUCUCUGCUGGCUAGGCGAUUGUCCUCCUGAUAUUUAAGAUGGCUGCUGAAACUACAACAUAUGAUUACGACUACGAAACAUCCAGCUAUGAGGAGCCCCACGUCUCACCAUGUAAUUUGAACAAUGUCAACUAUCUCGGAGCCCAGCUAUCCAUCCUCUACUACUUUAUGUUUGUCCUCAGUGUCUGUGGCAAUGGGCUGGUCCUGGUCAUCAUCCAUCGGUUUGAGAAGCUGACCACUGUGACCAACAUCUUGCUGCUGAACCUGGUGGUGUCCUCCCUGAUCUUCAUGAGCAGCCUUCCCUUCUGGGGAGUCUACUUGCAGCUCUCCUACUGGAGCUUCGGCGAGGCCAUGUGCAGGAUUGUCGGCACCGUCUACUAUCUGGGCUUCUACAGUUCUGUCCUCUUUCUUACUCUUUUGACCUUCGACCGACACCUUGCAGUUGUGUACUCCUUGACUGCGUCGCAGGUGAGGGGUCGAAGAUAUGCGGUAAUCUCUUGCGCUGUGGUUUGGCUGGUCAGCGGCCUGGCGUGCAUCAGACCCAUGAUUAUCCACACCACUUUUAAAUUUCUGAAUACGACAUACUGUCAGGACUAUCCUGCUUUAAAUUUAACGUCUAUUAAUGUGGGACUGCUGAGAAAAUCUGGAUUUUACAUUCAGCUUAUCCUUUUCUUGAUCUUUCCUCUGGCUGUUAUUAUCUACUGCUACGUUAGGAUCGCUAUCACUGUCAUGACAUCCAAGAUAGUUGCCAAGUUCAAGACAGUAAGGUUAAUAUUUGUCAUUGUCCUGAUGUUUUUCACAUGCUGGACGCCAUACAACAUUGCACUGAUGAUGCAAGAUAAAGCCACUGGAUGUGAGCAAAAGAAAAAAUGGGCUUAUGCUCUUGAAGUCACUCGCGUCAUGGCCUACAUUUACUUUUGCAUCAGUCCCAUCUUCUACACAUUUGUUGGGAAAAAGUUCCAGAACUAUUUCAGACAGCUGCUGGUGAAUCGUUUCCCGCAGUUAAAGAAGCAUGUGUCGGUCAGUCAACAAAGCAGAACCAACAUGUCCACAAAAAGUACACGAAAUGAGCUUUGACUUCCUCGGUUAAAAACAUACUGGUAGCAAUCAAUAUCUACACUCUGGUAAGCUAUGUUGCUCAUAGUUCUCAAGCCGUUUUGUAAGUUGUCCAGUCCAAAUUGAAGCUCCUGUCACGUUUUUAUUUGUCGUCAUGGAACAAAAAAAAAAGUUGACUAAAGAAGUACGUUUAGGUGAGAUACAAAGAAAGAUGGUUCCCUACAGAAAACCACAUCACUCCUGCACUGUAAAUACAAAUUGUUUUGCCUUUUGAAGCCUAAUGGAAAUGUUCAAUCGUGAUGCUCCAGUGAUUUGCAAGGCUUGAUCUUAUUUGGCUUUUCUGUUGUGGUCGUUCAUUUACAGAUAGGUUUUGCUAACAUACUGCCCUCUGUUGGUCAGAAGGUUGAUUAAUGAAGCUCUACAUUAAUCAAGAUCUGUAUGCUGAGUGGCAAUUUUUAAAUUCCCGUGCCAACAUUUCUGUGCAGGACAGCCAUGGUGUCGUGUCCCAGAGUUCUAUGAUCCCCAGCUCUAUCUGCUAUUAAAAUGACUCAUUAAGGAGAUUUUAUGUUCUCAGCAAUGUCUUUCCCAAUCACUCACCUACAUUUUAUAACCUUUACUGGUAUUAUAAUCCUUGAAAAUAUCUAUAUCCAUUCAUUGCUUUGCAAUAUGAACUACAAAGCUAGCCAUUACCGAGAUUAAGAUGUAAUUUGAAUGCUCCAGGGAUGACAUUUUUCUGAAGGCCAGUGUGGAUGUUAGCUUUCUUUCCCUCGUCAUAAAAGUCUAUGGAUUUUCUCCAUUGGAUUAUUGCGGAAUAUAAUCUCCUACAUGUUUAUUUCAUCAAGAAAAUCUUUACAAUAAACGAUAUGCUAUAAACAAACUACAGCACAGUCGCAUGAUUUCAUGUCGCCGCCACAACAAGGCUGUAAAGGCCUGACCUUCUGUAGCCUCAGUUAGCCACAUGUCAGCAAGACAUGUAAAAGCUUCACAAUGACGUAUUUUAUGACGUAGAGCAAAUCAUGAAGCUCUCUUAAGCUUGUGUUAACCACAGACCUUAUUUAAGCCAUCUAACCAAAAACCGUAAGUGCUAAAUCAUAGGCAGCUGACGUCUCAGGCCUCUUGGAUGAGAAAUGAAACGUCUUCAAGAAACUCAAGCAAGUCCAGUUGCCUACGAUAUAGCACUUAAGAUUACCGUGACCUGGGUGAUUGAGAAUCUUCACCUACAUCUAACAGAAAAUCCAUUUAAAAACACUUUGAUUUAGAGACGAGGAAACUAGUAAAAUGCUAACUCAUUUACAUGUUUUCGGACUCAUUCCUGGGGCACUCCAUAUUAGGAGACAUAGGAAUCUGGCGACAUAGACCCUGGGAACGUGGGAUUGACCCCAAUGUGGGUACGGUUAUUAAAGGGAUAGUGCACCCAAAAAUGAAAAUUCAGCCAUUAUCUACUGCAGAGCUACAGGCUACAAUGAGGCUAAAAACAAAGUUCAAAUGAGGUUUUUCCAAACAGCUUUUUAUGUC